GCAGAAUGCUGAGCACUGAAGACCAGGGGGAGAGGGGAUCACCACUUCCAGCCAAUGUAGACAGCAGAGGUACAGUGAAACUGCUGGAAGACUGUUGUGAUCCUGGUCAUCUCUUUGCUAUGACAAAACACAAUUCCCCCAUGGGAAAGAACCUCUGGUUUGAUGGGGAAUUCUUAUACUCCUUCACUAUUGACAAUGCAACUUACUCCCUUUUCCCACAGGCUACCCCAUUCCAGUUGCCAUUGAAGAAAUGCUCCGUGGUGGGAAAUGGUGGGAUCCUGAAAAACAGCGGCUGUGGGAGACAAAUAGAUCAAGCAGAUUUUGUCAUGCGGUGCAACCUUCCUCCUCUCUCCAGUGAAUUCAGCAAAGAUGUUGGAUCAAAAACCCAGCUGGUGACUGCAAAUCCCAGUAUAAUUCGGAAAAGAUUUAAACAUUUCACCUGGAACAUUAGAUGCUGUAUGGCCAGGCCAGGGCCUGGCAACCAUGUACUCCAUGGAAUAGAGCCAGAACCAGAGGUGACAGAUUCCAGAAUCUGCUUUGGUCUAGAAAAGCAUUUGUGAACAGCGUUAAAGUCUAUAAUCACAGCUAUAUCUACAUGCCAGCCUUCUCCAUGAAAACAGGAACAGAACCAUCACUCCGUGUCUACUACACUCUGGAGGACUUUGGUGCCAAUCAAACAGUGCUUUUUGCCAAUCCCAAUU